AGAAAAAUCUCAAAGUAGAGAAAUAUGGCCUCUCGAUUCAUCAUCUUUUGUCUUCUGUUUGUUUUGCAGUGUCGUUAUGCCACUGGAGCAAGGGAUGUAGUUAAACAACAAUACAAAAUUGGGUAUGGAGCUACAAAAAGCAUGAAAGAAGUGGAGGACAGUCCUAAUUACAUAACAAAUUGUGGAAACAAACAAGGCAGAAAAGGAAUUGGAGCUACAAAAAGCAUGAAAGAAGUGGAGGACCUUCCUAAUUACAUAACAAAUUAUGGAAACAAACAAGGCAUAAUAGGAAAUGGAGCUACAAAAAGCAUGAAAGAAGUGGAGGACCUUCCUAAUUACAUAACAAAUUAUGGAAACAAACAAGGCAUAAUAGGAAAUGGAGCUACAAAAAGCAUGAAAGAAGUGGAGGACCUUCCCAAUUACAUAACAAAUUAUGGAAACAAACAAGGUAGAAAGGGAAUUGGAGCUACAAAAAGCAUGAAAGAAGUGGAGGACAUUCCCAAUUACAUAACAAAUUAUGGAGGCAGAAAAGGAGCUAUGACUCCUUACACAAUGAGUUAUGCAACCAAAGAAGAAGUCGAGACUCCUUAUACAAUGAGUUACGCUACCAAAGAAGAAGUCCAGACUCCGUACACAAUGAAUUAUGCAACUAAGGAAAGCAAAAAGGAAGUUAAAACUCCUUACACAAUGAGUUAUGCAGCCAAAGAAGAAGUCGAGACUCCUUACAAAAUGAGUUAUGGAACAGAAGAAGUUGAGCCUUCUCAUGAGCAUGUUCAUAUUCAUAUGCAUCCACAAUCUCAACCUCACAUGGAUCACAAUGAAGCAUCCAAGCAAGGAUUUUUCACGUUCGAUGAUUUACACUGCGGUAUGAGAAUGCCUCUCCACUUUCCCAACCAAGAACAUUCUCGUUUCCUGCCUAAAGAAGUAGCUGAUUCCAUCCCAUUCUCAACACCACAUAUCCCACAAAUUCGUCAACUCUUCUCAAUCCCACAAGGUUCUCAAGAAGCGAAGAAUGUCGCAUAUGCACUUGAACAAUGUGAGAUGAAACCCAUCACGGGUGAGACGAAGUUUUGUGCCACUUCACUGGAGUCCAUGACAAAUUUUGUUACCAAGAUCAUCGGUUCAGGUGUUCGCUUCAACAUUCUCUCAACCGAGCACCCCACAACAUCAACAUCCAUCACACAAAGGUACACUAUCUUAGAAGAACCUAAACAAGUUUUGGCUUCCAAAAUGGUUUUUUGCCAUCCAUUGGCCUAUCCUUAUGCAGUGUUCUUCUGCCACCAUUUUGAGAGAGACACCAAGUUCUUCAAGGUUAAACUUGGAGGUGAGAAUGGUGAUAAGGUUCAAGCUGUAGCUGUUUGCCACAUGGACACUUCUGAUUGGGACCCUGCCCACGACUUGUUUGCCCUUCUUGGAAUUAAAGCUAGCGCUUCAUCUCCAGUUUGCCAUUUCUUGCCGGAAAAUCAUCUAGUUUGGAUCCCAUCACCUGCAACAUCAGCUAUCUGAGUACGUAGCGAUUCUGUUGGAUCUUGGUUCUGUGUAUCAUACCGUAUCGUGCGUGUAAAAUAACGAUCCAUCACCAAGUUGUGGUAGUAUGGUCGAGCAUUCAUGCCAGUGUUUUCGUAUUAUCAAUCUACUUUGUAUUUUGCUGUU